AUGAUUCACUUACAAAACGACCACAAGGAAGUGAUGAAGUAUCUGGAGAAGGGUCUUCACGCGCAUUUUGCACAGUUACAAAAUGCGCAAGGUGUUGCGACCACGAACGGAUCUAGUGUGCCGUCCGGUGUGCCGGCGCCAGUUGCAGCCACGCCGACCAGCAUUGCAGAUGCGGGCACGCUAGGGACACCCUUUGCCAAGGUCAAUAGCGUGGAACCGAACAGCCCAGCGGCUCAGGCAGGUCUCAAGGCUGGAGACACCAUUCGGAGCUUUGGUGAUGCAAAUUGGCUGAACCACGAGCGACUGACCAAGGUGGCCGAGACCGUCCAGCAAAAUGAAGGGCGCGCCGUGUCGGUCAAGGUGGUACGGAAGAACGAGAGUGGAUCAGGGACAAGCUCAUUAGAUCUGCAACUUACCCCCCGACGCAAUUGGGGAGGUCGAGGACUGUUGGGGUGUCAUCUUGUUCCUCUGUAG